UUGCUUCCAUUACCAAGCCAUUCCUUGAAUCUCUAUUCAGAGAACAGGAUUUCAACACUCAGACCGGGGCUGCUCUGUGUUUGGUUUCUAUAAUCGAAGGAUCACAAAAUCCGGAUUCCGGUAGCUUGAAACGCCUGUUGCCGAGGUUCGAGAAGUUGGCAAAAUGCGAGAGUUUCAGGGCAAAAGCUGCAUUGUUGACGCUGAUGGGGAGCGUGGUGGAACUUAAUGGAGUGUUGAGUAGUAGUGGAAAGAACCUGAUUAAGAAUUUAGUGAUGUGUUUUGUGGAGUUCGUAAGUAGUGAGGACUGGGCCGCUAGGAAGGCUGCUGCAGAGGCAUUGAUAAAGAUCGCUGGGGCGGAGAAAUAUGCUUUGUCUGAAUACAAAAGUUCGUGUUUGAAGACUUUCGAGGCGAAGAGAUUUGACAAGGUGAAGGCAGUGAGAGAGACAAUGAAUCAGAUGAUAGAUGCUUGGAAGGAGAUUCCUGAUCUAUCAGAUGAGGUCUUACCACCUGCAGAGUCGCAGCUGUCGUCUAAAGGUAUACGGCUUAAUUAUGUUCUUUCAUGACUCAUGUGUAAUCGAUCUGAUUAUUCUCUUGCUAGUUGAUCGUUUCAGAUUUGAGUAAUCAAAUUCAUGAUCUGACUUUUUUC